AUGGAAUUACAAAGUACAUUAAGAUCCUACUUAAGUUCGUUUGAAACAUAUUCUUAUGUAAGAGAUAUAAAAUUAAGAGUGUUGUAUGGUGACAAAAUGCAUAUUAAAAUAGUUCAAUAAUGCUUGGCUGCUUUUCUUAUAGAUAAAGAGGAAUCACCCAUCUUAAGACUCUUGACACUCAAAGUAAGAAUCCAACCAUAAUCUUAUGUGUAGUUCAAUAAGGAAUUAGCCGAGACAUUCAAUGAAGAUUAUAUACAUCUGAUGUAAAAAAUCGUUCUCCAAAAAAUGGAAUAGAUUGCUCUAUUCCAAAAGGAGUCACAAGAUAGUGACAGAGGGAAAUUGUACUUUUUAGGCCAACAGAAACCUCAUUAAGGCAACCAAGAAUUACAGGCACUGGGAGAUCAAUUCUUCAGAGUGACUCUGGAAUGUAUUCGAAUCUGGGGCAGAUGGUUUCCCUUAGAUAAAUAACACCAUAGACUCAGUUUAUAUCGUGUAGCUUAUGAGAGAUUAUACAAAAUCGGAGUUCACUUUCCAGAAAUCCAAUAUUUUGAUCUUCAUUAAAUUCAUACCAAUUUGCCUUCAACAUUCCCUCCUCUUUCCAUGAUGUUGCAAUUGAAACGAGUAAUGAGUGUUCACCUGCACUCGACAACAAAAGAAAUCUGCAGAUACCUGGAGUCUCAUUUGCCUGAAGAGUAUCAUUAAACCCAAUAUUCAUCAUUUGCUGAAUUAUUUUAAACCAUAGUCAAAAAACAUAUACUUAACAAAAAUAAAUAGGCAAAAAUUGCAAACAUGUUUUUUGUAAAAGAAUAAAAACUUAAUGAAAGCAAAUAAUAAGAAAGCACUGAUGAAUGGACUCAACUCUCAAGAUUGUAAAUAGAAAAUCAACAACUUUAAUGUCUUAAUAAUAUGCAUCAAUAAAAAAUGUAAGAAUUGUAAUAAUAAAUUAUUCAAACUCAAAAUUAAAAUUCCCUUUUGCAGCAAUAACUCAAAGAUAAGGAAUACUUAAUUCAAAAAUUAGAAACCGAGUACAAGAAAAUUGAAAAAAAGUUUGUAUCUUUGCUUGAAGAAUAUAGAAAAACUCAUGAUUCUAAAAAUCCUUAUAUUCUGGCUUAAUUUGAAAAAAAUUCAGCAGAAUUUAAAAUUGAGUUUGGCCUCACUUAUAGGGAAGUCGAUUGUUUUAAGUUGAGAGCUGAGAAUGAAUACCUUAUCAAACAACUAGAUGAACAAGAAGAUUUAUAUCAUAAAAUAAAACAUGAAAAAGAAGUAUUACUAACAGAAAAUAAGGUAUUGACUACAAAAUUAUCCAACUUAUCCAAAAGAUCAAUAAAUGGGAAUAAAAUAGAACUAGAACCUAAUCAAGAAAUUGAAUAAUUGAAAUUUUACAAAUAAAAAUCGAAUCUUGUUCAAUAUGAAUAAACUAUGAUCUCCUAAAAGAGAUAAAUAACAUAAUUAAAAGAUCAAUUACUUCAAUUGAAUGAUAAAAAAAAUAGUGUCACAAGUUAAACAUGGGGAAUCAGUACAAAAUCUAAUUCCAGAAGAAACAUUAAUGAAUUAUAGGCUUGUAAUAUACAAUCAUUAAAAUAACUUGAAAUUUAGAAAACUCCUUAGAGAUAAUCCAAAAUUAUAAUGCCCCCUAUUUUAGAUUAUGAUGCAACCAUAUUUGCUAUCAAUCCUAUCAUUUUUAAUACUAGAUUUAGAUAAGCUUGUUUUGCAUCAAAAUCUAUUAUACAUUAAGAUGAUAAAAUAUAAAUUAACACAAGCACCUAAUUAUCAAUAACAACACUAUUUGUAACAUUAACUAUAACAAAUAAGUCUUCAAAUAAAAUAAAAGAUUUAAGUCUAAAAUUACAAAGUUCAGAGAAGUUGCAAGUUUAAAUUUUAAACGAUUUAAAUCAUAUCAUGAAUCCUGAGGAAAGCCAAGUGUUAUAAAUUUCUAUUGAAAUCAAAGACAUACCAUUUUCAAUUUUGGAAGCAUCACUUACAUAUAUGGAUAGAACUAUUUCAUUGGGAAUCCCUUGUACAAUCAAUAAAUUUUUGACAUUCAAUUCUUGUUAAUAAUUACCAACUUCUUAUUUCUAUCAAAGCAAACCUUUUCUAACCGGGUUCUAGAGUUCUAUACCUAAUCUUCUGUCUGAAUUUGAGAUAGUUAGUCAAUCUGAAAAUGAGGUAUCAGUUUUAGGCUCUGCUGAAUAUUUGAAUGAAGAAUACGAGAUUAUGAUAUCUUGCAGAAAGUCUAUGAUGUAAAUAAAAAUGAAUGGUAGAUAUAAUGAUAAACUUGCUAAGACAAUCAUAUCUACUUACUAAGGAUUAUUUUUGAAAAGGUGA